AUGAGGAAGACCAAAGACAUUACGAAGAGAGAAGGGAGAGGAACCAAGGGAAAUGGGAAGAUUACCAGUUUGGGUUAUAGGAAGGGAAUCACCAUUGCCUAUGAAUACCAAAUUAUUACCAUUAUAAGGCUGGGGCUGCUGAAGGGUGGAGAGUUGGCCUGUUAUAUGGUGAGUGGCGCCCUUAUCCGAAUAACAAGUGGGGUUAUAGGACUGAAUCAUGUGAGCACCAGCAAAAGAUGGAAAGGUUUCGGGCCCAGAAUACUUGUGGGGGCAUUGAGUAGCAGCAUGCUGAGUUGUAGAACACGUGGAACACCAAUUUGA